UGUGCUCAGCCGCAUGAGGAUCCUGCUAAGCGAGUUGGGACUUUCCGGCGCGUGCCUCGGUUUGACCCUGGAGCCGUGCGCCUCAUCGCUGGAAGCCGAAAAGCCUGCGCCAGGUCAGCGCCCGCACCACGAUACGACCUCCACUACUUCUGUGUUUAUUUUCGCUUUCGUUGUGUAGAACCUCUGGGUGUUGUAGACUGUGUGGAACUGUCGUGAUGAUGGCCAUCGGCUAGAAUGCGAGGUGCGCUGCUGACGCCCUCCAGCCAAAUCUGCGGCCUUAGACAAUUCCAAUACACACGGCCGAGCGCCAUAGAGUCGCGCUCGCCAAGCGCCUUCACUCCUAACUCCUCCAGCAUGCUACUGCUGCAAACACACAGCAACUACGGUUCGUCCUUCUCUGAUCUGCUGUCACCACAAUAUCAAGAAGAUUCCACGGAAAUCUUAGAAGAAAACCUAGAUCCAUUCCCGGACGUAGAGUUUCACGCACCCAUCGUUCCGGAAUUUAAAUCGCAACGGGACACCUCGUUCAGUGAAACAUCAUCACCGAUACCUGGCCCUGCAUUGCCCAGUUUCGAGGAGACAUAUUCAGUUCGGUAUCCGAAACACGAAAUGGCAGAAUUCGGUAUCAAAAUGGAUGAAGAUUGCUACAAUGUGAGUGCAUAUUCCCAUCAGGGACAUACGUCUACUCAACUUCUUUACCAAUAUCAUCAACCACCGAUUCCUUAUGUUCCGUCGACGUACUACGCGCCACCUCAGCCUUGUAGUCCUACGUUUGACACCGUAACUCCAAACCAAGAUUCUUAUUCUUUGCCACCUUUUCCAAGCACUGUUGAUUUACAUAUAUCAGCUGAGCAGGCUGCUAGACAACGGCGUUCGUCAUUACCUGUGCAAAGAUCUGAAUCCAACAGCUCCAAUGACAGUCCAAAAUUGCACGGUACCAGAGUUCACUGUAUGCAGCCUUCCACUCCGAAUUCAGCAUCAAGUUCUCCUGGAGUAGCACCUGCUGAUAACACUGGACCACGUGCAGCACCAUCUUCGCCCAGCCAGCUCUGUGCUGUUUGCGGAGAUACAGCCGCUUGCCAACAUUAUGGUGUCAGAACUUGUGAAGGAUGUAAAGGGUUCUUCAAGAGAACCGUUCAAAAAGGAUCCAAGUAUGUUUGCUUGGCUGAAAAAUCUUGCCCUGUUGACAAAAGAAGACGGAAUCGAUGCCAAUUUUGUCGGUUUCAAAAAUGCCUCGCCGUGGGUAUGGUGAAAGAAGUGGUUAGAACUGAUUCUCUAAAAGGCAGGCGCGGUAGGCUGCCCUCAAAGCCUAAAUGUCCACAAGAAUCUCCACCAAGCCCACCCAUCUCUCUGAUAACAGCCCUUGUUCGAGCUCACGUUGAUACUUCGCCGGACUUUGCUAAUCUAGACUAUUCUCAAUAUCGUGAGCCGAGUCCUCUUGAGCCACCGAUGUCUGAUCUUGAAGUUAUUCAACAGUUUUACUCUCUUCUAACAACAUCGAUUGAUAUGAUCAAACUUUUCGCUGAAAAAGUACCUGGAUAUGGUGAUCUAUGCCCCGAGGACCGAGAGCAACUAUUUGCUUCUGCUCGUUUGGAACUGUUCGUUCUACGGUUGGCAUAUCGUACUCGACUUGAGGAUACUAAGCUCACAUUCUGCAAUGGGCUAGUUCUCGAUAAGCGACAGUGUCAGCGAUCGUUCGGAGACUGGCUUCACGCAGUUCUGGAUUUCAGUAACACGCUUCACUCUAUGGAUAUCGACAUUUCUACAUUUGCCUGUCUUUGCGCACUGACUUUGAUUACAGAUAGACACGGCUUAAAAGAGCCGCAUCGUGUGGAGCAGCUUCAAAUGAAAAUUAUCGGAUGCUUGCGAGCGCACAUGCCGGGCGGAGGUGGAUCGAGCAGCGGCGCGCCCCACUUUAGCCGCGUGCUGGGUGCUCUGCCCGAAUUGCGCUCUUUGUCCGUGCAAGGCCUCCAACGCAUAUUCUACUUGAAGCUAGAAGACUUGGUCCCGGCACCACCUCUUAUCGAAAACAUGUUUCGUGCCAGCCUUCCCUUUUAGGCGUCCCGUAGUCCGCACCGAAUUUCCGAGGACCACUCCCGCCUUGAAUCCACUUCUCCUUUAGCUGUUAGAGCCGACUCCGUUAUUUUUGUAAGGAUUUAGUGAUAAAAAUAUUUUUCUAGACUCUAAAUGAACGUUUAUAGUACGCGAUCUCCACGGAAUCGGUUCGUGCUAAUUUUACGAGAUUAUUAAUAAAAUUAAAAGUACUCACAUACGAUGACAGUUUAUGAUAUGAAUAAGAUCUAUGCUAAGAUUAAUUUAUUGAAAAAAGUAGGUAAAGGAAUUGGUAUUUUGGGUGUGAUUUAGUUUGAACGUAUAAUGUUGUGUAUUUAGUAGUCUGCAUUUGAGUUACCGCUCGUGAUCAAUGGCAUCUUGUCGUACAAAUAUUCCUAUGUUAUUUACUUAUGUAUUAUUUAGUUAAGGAAAAUCUAGUCACAAGACUUAGAAAUGUUAAAUUUAAAUAGUUCAGUCUAUCUGAACUUUUAUAAUAAAUUGUAAGAAGUGUUAUUUGAUAAAACUUAGGCAUUUAAUGUCCUUUUUGUACGGAUGUGAGCGAACGGCAACCGGACUUAUAUUCACAAAAUCAACAUAUUAAUAUGAAUAGAAUUGAGUUUGGUUGCGCGUUAAUGUGUGAUCUGUGACGUCAUUAUCACGUGGUCGUCAAGAGUGUUGGAAGUUACCUUUUAGUUUUUUAAAUUAUUUAAUAAUUCUAGACGCUAGAAUCACUUAUAAUUUGUUAUGUAAAUUAAUUAAGGCAUGAGCAAAAGUUCAGCAUUUUUUAUAUCACAAUAUAAGGUUCAUAAAUCUGACAAAGUGUCUUAGAGAGUACCUUUAAAGAUAGAAAUAAAAUAGAUAAUGAAACAUUGACGUGGUUCGCAUUAACUUAUUCAGAGCUUUUUUAGUGAAUUUUAAAUCUACAAUAUGUAAGUAGGUAGAUUACAAAUAAGCAGCAUUCAUUGUGUCUGCGUUUAAAUGAAACAUAUCACUUGACAAUGUAUUGACAAAGGAUUAUAUAAGUAUAAAAAAAUAUAAAACGCUAAUAAUACAUCCAUGCAAGUUUUUUUCUUCUAAACUUUAUAAUUUGUGGCGGCUCGGAAAAGCUUAAUCAAUACCGCGGUCUACACCGCGAUCUACCCAGUGCAUAUUGUGGAAACGCAUAGUCCACUAUAAUAAGUUUAUGUAUUAAUGAUAAUCUUGUAUCUGGACCAAUUUAAAAAAAAAUCAUGAAGCAGAGUAGCAGUCUGUGUAAUGUAUAAUAAACAUAUUUCUAAAAGUUUGAAUGAGAAAAGGACUGUUAGAUUUGACAAUGACGAUUUAAAAUUACCAACUAAAAUAAUUCGAAAUAUUUCUGGAAUACCUACUUAAAUCGAGUCAUCUUUAUGAAAAAAAUAAUUGCACUUAUGCUACAGUUCUAAAAAUAUUACUAAGUACAUUAUUUAUAUGAAACCAGACGAAUUUGUAUGCGUGUGUGAAUGGGACUCUACGUUUCUGUAUUUAUUAGAUUUAAACAUAAUAACUAUCGUUUGUACUUGAAAUAUUUAUAUUUACUAUUUACAUGCAUUUUUCACGUAGAUAGAUAAAAUAAAUUUUCAUUAGUAACGUCUGCAAUGCACAGCAUGUGCAUAAAGUUAAGACAAAUUUAAAACAUAGUUAGCAAUUGACCUGUACAUCUGUGAUCCUAUCCUGCUAGUAAGUUUAAGCAUUAACAUUAAACAUAGUUCAAAAAUUUGCUGUAAUUAAUAGAUACAAAUCGAUAUAAAAAAUUUGAUACCAUCUUGACUUGGCUAGCUGCCGGUUGACGUCCAAUUUAUUCUAUGAGACUGUUCUUCGUAUUGAUUAUUGAUAUUGUUGUUAUGAUGCAUUGAUGUUAAAAUUAACGAAGUGAUAGAAAAUAAUACAAAUUUAUUAGGUGUAAAACACGAGUGAAUAUUGAUAAUUUUGUACGAUUCAUACGUAACGUAUUAAGAUAGGUACAGUAACAGAAUGCUGAACUUUUACUCAUAAGCCAUUUACUACUUAAAUAAUAAUUAAUUUUUAGAUUAUUAUGUGUAACAUCAUACGUUAUUUCUACAAAGUUUGUUAAACUUUACAGUGCCCUAUUGUAAUAAUAAUUCUUGUACACCAUUUAACAGGGCUAAGUGCCUACUUCAGUUAUUGGUUGUGCUAUUUCUAAUGCCUCGUACACUUACUAUAUGUAUAUUUAUAUUUUUAAUGUACCUACUUGUUAGAAAAUAUGAUGGUCUUAAAUCGUAAAAAUUCUACUACGAUCAUUGUCGUUGAACUAUUUCAUAUUUAUACUUUUUUGACAAAUUUGAAAUUUAAUUAUAGUGUACUUUAAUUAAACCUCUCCUCUUUACUCUUCUUCGAUCCUUUCAUAAUGUAAAUACAAAUACCGUAAGGACAUGGAUAUAGUAGCGACGUCGUUUCUUUUAUUCCUAUUUUUCACCGGGUUUAUAAUUGUCAACUACUAUGCCUAAUGGCAUGCAACACGUUUGAGUAAACGCGGCCUAUCUGAGGUCAACCUACUUUAAGAAUGGUAAACCUUGAAUAUCAGCUAGACGGAAAAUAAACUGCGGAAACUACUACUACUAGAAAUAUCAAAUUAGGAAGUACGUCACGGUAUUUUUUACUUGAUGCCGAGAUCCUGUCCGUUUGAUAGUCGUAAAUUGCAGUUAAACUUUCUUAAAUAUUAAUAUAAAACAUAAUUUAUCAGUUAAAUAGAUCAACGAGAAUAUGUACUAAAUAUGUUCAUAUGUAUGUGUACAUAGGCAUUCAUUUAUUCUAUCUACAAGUCCUUUAAUACAAUUACAAUAUGCAUAGUUAAUACAAUGGCAUUUCUUGACAUUUCAAUAUAAUUUUACUCUAUUCUUAGUUGUGCUUUUGUUAAAGUUAUACAUUUUCUUUGUAAAUAUUUCUUGAGAAUAA